AUGUGCAUCGCAAAGACAACAACAACUGUAGCUCAACGCUCGCUUUGCAACAAAUUACCGGUGAAACAACUGGUGGUACCAUUCAGAUCCAAAUGUACCACAUUCAUCGAAGAACCAAUUUACAGACCACGUUUCAGAAAACAGGACUGGGAACAGAGCUCACUAUGGGGAAAACUUUCCGGCCGCAUGUAUGAUGCAUGGCAUUCAUCAUACUUUGGAAAGCGAUUUGCUUUUGGCUUAGCAUUCGUCUGGUAUAUGUUUCAGGAUUUGGAGAAUCAUUAUGUCUUCAUUGAUGCUAUGAAUAACAACUUUGAAGAAUUCAAGGAAAAAGAUGAAGAAGAGGAAUGA